AUGGACUGGUGGAAGAUGAAACCACCGGAGAUACCUCUCCACCGUAAGCAUCAGCCAGCACCGGCGACCAAGAGCAUCAAAAAGAAUCGAAUAAGCCCCUGCCUGUCGAGGGUCAUCGUCGCCAUUGUCGUCUGGGCAACCAUGGCCCUGAUGAUCGCCAUUGUGGGGCAGUGGGAACCUACACCUCCAACGUGCGUCUGGCCAACCUCCUGCUUAGAGCGAACCCAUGGCCGGGACCACAAGGCCACCAACAACGCGCGCAGGGUCAAUCACCUCGGCGGCUCCGCCGCCUCCCCACCCGUCCUCCUCCCUCAGCGUCAGUUUCUCACACCGGCUUACUUCCUCGAAUAUUUGGUGGUUUCUGAUUUCCUUCCUAUCUCUUUGUCGCCAAGACUUCCUUAUUAUCGUGCGCCCUAGCUAUCGUUGCGUGCUUUUCUGUUGAUAUCAUUGCAUUUUUUUCAAUGAAGUAAGCGUAUAAAUGCCGCCAGAUCAGGCAUGUUUUCUAAGGUUUGUACGAUGUUUUCGAACCUACCUUGGUGCCGCCGCCUUUUUAAGGCCCCGGAAAGCAGUCAUUUCCAAAGUAACGUGUUCCUGAACCUAUUCUCCCGCGUUUAUCUCCCAGUUUCCUCUUCACAUAUCGGCCCAUGUCUACUCAUUUUUCUGUGAAACUACGCACAUAUUUUUACGCCUAGCGGGUUUUCUCUCUUCCACCCACUGGAAUCCAUAAACCCACAUGCAGCGCUACUUCGUUUACUACGAUAAUCUGUGGUCAACUCAUGCAGGAGUUUACAAAAAUAAUGGCUAUCUCCGAGUGUCUUGCAAUGGGGGCUUGAAUCAGAUGCGAGCAGCGGUUCGUUUUCUAUGGAAAGCUUAUACUCGAUACUCGUCGUUUUUGUUGUUAUCACUAUUAUCAUUAUUUUAUUUCAUUCUACUCACAAGCUCUGGUAGAGUUGAGUUGACUUUUACCACUAGCUCAAGAGUAUCUGGGUAACUUCUAUCUGGGUACAUUUUUAUCUUGCAGAUCUGUGACAUGGUUACUAUUGCGCGUUACUUGAAUCUUACUCUUUUAGUGCCCGGGCUAGAUAAAAGAUCCUUCUGGGCUGACCCUAGGUACUCUCAAUGUAUCUUUAAAUUAAGUCAUGCUUUUAUCAUGAACCGCUGAAAUUUCUUCAUUUCUCCUCGUAAUGUUUGGAACCCUCACACUCUUUUCCAUCGACGAAAAAACUCGUGGUACAGCCACGUCUUGCCAAGAAGGAUGGUCAAAGAACAUAAAUAUUGACCCGCUGAAACAAGUUCUUCUUUCCAGUGAUUUCCAGGACAUAUUCGACGUCCAGCACUUUAUAAACUCCCUGAGAGAUGAAGUGCGGAUCGUUGAUUCACUACCGAGCGAUUUCAAUAAGUCAGCCAACGUCAGAGUUCUAGAGAUGCCCCCAGUGAGUUGGUCGAGUGAGAAAUACUACAUGGAUAAGGUCAGGAACAAAGGGGAUACCGUGAAUUUCUUCGUAUUUUUUCCAUAAAAUUACACGUUCUGAAUUUUAUCCCGUGAUCAAUUUUCUCCCUCUGCAGAUUCUCCCUCUUUUCCGGAAGCACAAGAUGGUUCAUUUCCUCAAAACAGACAGCCGUCUGGCGAACAACGGCCUCCCCUUGGAGCUUCAAAAGCUCCGUUGCAAGGUCAACUACGAGGCCCUCAAGUUCGCCCCGAGCAUUCAGGCCGUUGGAGAUAAACUUGUCUCCCUUCUGAAGAGGGGACCCUUUAUCGUUCUCCACCUACGAUAUGAGAUGGACAUGCUCGCUUUCUCCGGUUGCUCUCGGGGAUGCUCGAGUGAAGAAGCCGAAGAACUCCGUAGAAUGAGGUUCUUGUCUAGAAAACCUUGUUUUCUUCUCCUUCUCCUGGAAGCCUAUCGAUAAUCUUUCCCUGGUUCUCAGAUAUGCGUAUCCAUGGUGGAAGGAGAAAGAGAUAGACUCCGAGAAGAAGAGACUCGAAGGCCUGUGUCCUCUCACACCAGAGGAGACCGCCUUAGUGAUGCAAGCCUUGGGAAUCAGUCGGGACACACAGGUAUACAUCGCCUCUGGAGAAAUCUAUGGCGGCGAGAAGAGGAUGGCCACCCUGCGGAAUGCUUACCCUGAUAUAGUAAGUUCUUCCUUCCCCUCUCCUCCAUAGCCUCGUUCGUCGUGUACAGAUCACACGAGAUGGGUUUCAUAUGCCGUGUGUUUCUUGUUUCCUUCUCCGACUUGCAGGUGAGGAAGGAGAUGCUCCUCACUCCUGAUGAGUUGAGCCCUUUCCAGAACCGGUCGACCCAGAUGGCGGCUCUCGAUUAUCAGGUCUCCAUUGCGAGCGAUACCUUCAUCCCCACCUACGACGGCAACAUGGCGAAGGUCGUUGAAGGGCACCGAAGGUUUGACUUUUCUGAAUCGAUCUUCUGACUUUUGCCCAUCGGCUUACGCUCUCAGAUUAAUUAACUCGCUAAUGGUAGUAGGAAAGCACUAGGCCAUUCAUUCGAGCCUUUCGUUUAAUCCGAUUGAGAACUUUGUUCAUGCCACUUCUCAGGUACAUGGGAUUCCUUCCGACCAUAUCCUUGGACAGAAAAAGACUUGUAGAACUCAUUGACUUGCACCAAAACGGAACCUUUUCUUGGAGCCAAUUCUCAGCCCUCGUUAAACGCGUUCAUAGUGAUCGGCUGGGGAAGCCGACUACGAGAAGAGUCAUAGAUCAGCAGCCAAAGCUAGAAGACAAUUUCUACUCCAAUCCUCAGGAAUGCCUGGCACCUCUCAGCAGCUCAUGA